AUGGAUAAUCACCAGCAGCAGAGGGAGGAGCAGCCAUACCUCCUCCAUGAUCACCUCCUCCACCACCACUGGCCGCCCUUGCAGGGCCAACAGCAGCAGCCACUGCAACAUCAACACCCGCUGUAUCUCCUCAAUGAUCAGCAGCAACCGGUUCAGCAAGGCAUAAUUCUCCACGAAAAUUCGCAGAAUUUUCUGGAUUCUAUGCCUCGCGGUUACAGGUUUUGCCCCACUGAUGAAGAGCUAAUUGUACACUACUUGAGGAAAAGGAUCGCCAAGGCUCCAUUACCACUUAACAGAAUUCAUGAAGCCAAUGUCUACGGCCACAAUCCUCAAGAACUUACAAAUAGAUACAGAUCGGAUAGCCUUCAUAACGUGAACGGAUGGUACUUCUUCACCUAUUUGACGAACAAAUACCCCAAAGGCAGCCGUCCCUCUCGAUCAUGUGGAGAUGGUGGAUUUUGGAAACCCACCGGCAAAGACAAGAAGAUUUAUUACAAUGGCAAUACCGUCGGAUACAGGAAGUCACUAGAUUUCUUACUUGGGCCUGGUGAAAAAACGGCUUGGAAGAUGCAUGAAUAUAGAAUUCAUGCAAAUAACCCCAAGUCGGAUCCAGUUUUAUGUAGAUUGUAUAUGAACAUAAGACGCAAAAAAAAAGAUGAAAGUGAAGGUGACACAGUAGAAUUGAUGAGGGAAAAUCUUGACCAGUGUUUUACAGUGAAUGAAGCUCCCAUGCAGAAUGAGGACAAUGAUUUGGCGGUUGGCAAUAUUUCCUCUGCUGGUUCUACAAACAAUCAAUGUAUGGAGUAUAUUACCAGCACUCUAGACACAGGAGGUGAUGCCAAUUCAAACCAGGUUAUCUAUGAUCUUUCUAGUUUCCAAUUUCCUGAUCAUCCAUUUCAAGAUUUCCAAGGAUACACUAAUUCUCAUGGUGGGCUCGAAGCAAUUACUCAAGAGUUCACUGAACCGUUCCAUUUAUCAAAGGGUACCAUGAUGCCCUCCAAUUUGAGUACGGAACCGUUCCAUUUAUCAAGGGGUACCAUGAUCCCCUCUGAUUUGAAUAUGGAGGAUGUUUCGAAGUAUGCUAUUGGUGACACAGUAGAAUUGAUGGGGGAAAAUCUUGACCAGUGUCUUACAGUGAAUGAAGCUCCCAUGCAGAAUGAGGACAAUGAUUUGGCGGUUAUCUAUGAUCUUUCUAGUUUCCAAUUUCCUGAUCAUCCAUUUCAAGAUUUCCAAGGAUACACUAAUUCUCAUGGUGGGCUCGAAGCAAUUACUCAAGAGUUCACUGAACCGUUCCAUUUAUCAAAGGGUACCAUGAUCCCCUCUGAUUUGAGUACGGAACCGUUCCCAUUUAUCAAGGGUACCAUGAUCCCCUCUGAUUUGAAUAUGGAGGAUGUUUCGAAGUAUGCUAUUGGUGGUACUGAUUUGUCCGACUUAGCAUGGCAAAAUGGUUGUGCUGGUGGUUAUGUCAAUAUGACCUCUCUCCAAAUUGAUGGUGAGAAUUCAGGCAAUAAGUAG